UUUCUUCUUCAUUCUCCUGCUCUCUUUCUCCCUCCUUUGCCCUUGUUCCGCUUUCCCCCUCUUUCUCUCUCAUUGUUCCCUGUUUCCACUCAACACAGACCCUAACAACAUACACAGCAUAGAUAUACAUAUAUAUAUAUACAGAAUAACACAUCAUAUAUGUGAAAUCAAUGAUGGUUUGGACCUUUGGUUUUCUUCUUUGGCUGCUUCCUUCCUUCUUUCUUACUGUACCUUUUCUUGCUUCUCUCUCUGAAGCCAAUAAUCCCUUUACUUUGAUUCUUCUCUGUUUCUCUUCAAUGCAAACCCCUAAGACCUCUUACAUGUAAUCCUACCUUAAGCUGCCCUAAACCCUCUCGAUCUCCUUAAUCAUGUCCUUAGAUUCCUCCCCUCAGAUCGUCCCCGACCGAUCCUCCCCUGACCCGGCUAUCUCCCAGAACCACCACUCCCCUGCGCACCAGAACGACAACGAAGCUGCAGCAACUGCGAAACAACCGCCGCUCACCAGGAGUAAUCGGCCUUCUCGUGCGUGCACUCUCCGUGCUGCGCAGCGACUUUACGCGCAGCAAGCGGCUGAGCGGAAGCAGAAGCCGGCUAAGAAGGAGCAGCACCAACAGCAGCAGGAAGGGAAUGGUGAGUCACCGUUGCACCAGCAGCAAUGCAGCGGCAGCAGCAAGAUCAUUACGCCGCUUGUUGGCCCUCCCGAGCCCUCACAGCUGCCUAGGUGGAGCCUCCGCUCCAUGUGGGAAUUAGCUUCAAUACUUAAUUUCUUGCAUAUUUUUAGGUCUCAGUUGAACAUCUCGGUAGAGUUCUCUGCAGAGGAGUUCGAAACAGCUUUGCUUACGCCCAAUGAUACUUUAAGUGAUAUACAUAUGCCUUUGUUAAAGGCAAUCCCUCCCAUCACCCGUAUGGCUCUUACACGGGAUACCUGGAUUACCGUCUUGUGCAGAAAAUUAAGAGACUGGUGGCAUUGGGUCGCGGAGGGAGACCUUCCCAUUGUUGCUUCACAUGGAGUGGAGAUUGACGUAUAUAAAUCGCUUGAUCCUGGAGUCCGUGUGGUGAUUCUGAAAGCACUAUGCGAUAUUCGUGUUGAGCAAGAGGACAUUCGAAACUACAUUGACAACUCACUCAAGCAUGGUGUUCAACUUUCGGCAUUUCGCAAAGAUCGUGUUGGAGGUGAUUCACAAGGGAUUAAUUACUGGUAUGAAGAUGAUCCAGUUAUUGGUCAUCGGUUGUAUCGGGAAAUAAGAAAAGUUGAGGUGAAGAAGGUCAAGACAAAGGGUUCCCAGAUCCUUCCUAGUACAACAUACUUGUGGGAAACAGUUGCAACUAAUUUGGAAGAAUUUCAGGAUGUUUCUGAAAAGCUUUUUUCGAGUAAAAAUAGAACAGAGGCUUCUCUAGGAAAAAAGUUAAAGAUUGACAUGCUUCCAGAGAUUGAAAAGGAACACAAGAGGAAAGAAAGGUUGUUGAAGAAGCAACACAGACAAGCUCUUCUUCUUGAUAACUUCUUGAGUGUGGAUGGGCUUGCUCCUGGGCGUUCUCUUCGUGACAGAAAACCAGUCACUUAUACUUUUGAUGAUUAUGAUCGAUCAAUUAAUGAGGCUAUCAAGAUAACCAAGAAGAAGCCACCAUCCCCAGAGCCUAUUCACAGAAGAGAUUUUGCCAAACCUGAAGCUUCUACGAAUGGUAGAUGGAGUGGUCCUUCACAUGCCUCACCGCAUGUUAACAUUAAUGUCCUCUCUCCUAAAUCACCUGAUUAUGAUGAUGAUGAUGGUGAGCCGAAAUCUCUAUCCUUGGAGCGUAGCAACCGGCGAAGACAAAGGCCUCAACGGUAUUCGGCUAAGGAAUUUGUGGAAGCUGUUUCAGAUAAUGAAGCAGAUUUUGAUAGUGAUGAUGAUAUAGUUGGAGAAGCAAUAUAUGAUGAAGAAUAUCUGAGGAAACGUAAACAGCAGAGAAAGUUCUCCAGCAGCUCUGAGGGAGACGAAGAGUAUCGAUGGGAUGAAGAUAAUGCUGAAGAGGAGGAAGAAGAAGAAGAGGAGGAAGAUUCAUUAAGUAUCAGUGAGGACAGUGAUGAGCCCCAAAAAUUCAAGAAACUGCCCGGUCGUACUCGGAGGGAAACCAAAUUGAGGUCUGUUGAUGAGCUUCAAUCAGGUCUAAGACGCAGUAAAAGGGCCACCAGAAAUCGAAUUAAUUACAGACAAUAUGAUAUGUCAGAAUCAGAAACAGAGUCUAUGAAACCCGAAAAGCAUAGUCCAUCAGUUGAAGACUCGGAUGAAACUGAGAAUGCAGAGUAUUCAACAGGAAAUCAGGAGUCUGAUGGUGAUGACAAUGAUGGUCACCAGGAAACAAAGGUUGAUCAGCCUGUCAAAGAUUACACCGAAAUUAUAGAAAAAGAGCAAAGCCGGCCUCCUGAGCAAUCAAAUAGUGCUGGCCAAGAUGAAGUUGAUGGCAUGAGAAAAAGACGUUUUCUUGACCUAAACGAGCUUGCUCCGGUGUCUGGUUUUGAUGAUGGCCCUAACCCUAUAAUGAAAAAUGACGAUACAGAUGAUUUGUAGCUUUCCUUUUUACUGGAAAGCAACUGCCAGUUUUCUCUUGGGAAAGCUAAGUGUACCGAUAGUAAAAUUUAUAAAUUUUGUGGCAAGCCUCUGGAGGAAGCCACGGACAGGGUUCCCCCAUGGGUUUAUUGGAAUAUCAACCUUGAUGCAAUUCAUUUAGGAAUUGUAGCCGGGGAGCAACAAGAUGCAGAGAGUUAUAUAGAUUAGGUUAGUGAUUUUUUAGUAUGUCUACAUUCAAAAGAAACCUAUGGUCGGUGGAUGGGAAUUCAUUGGAGUUGUUUAGCUUAUCCAAUUAAUGUACAAUAACCUUCAACUGAUAUUGUAACCUGAAAGUUUGCCUUUAGAUGCUCAAGCCCUGUAGUAUAAUCUUAAAUGAGCUGCCUAGCAUUUGGGUUGGUUGGGUCUUUUAUUAGAUUGUUAAAAUUAGAAACUAUCUUUAUUAUUGUAACAGAGCCAUCCUCCCUCAAAAGGCAACUGAUGUUUUCAUUCCCUCGACUGAAAUUCUUCAUACUGAA